CCCAAAUUCCACGUCCCUUUCCAUCGUUACUACCCUAUCACCGCCCUACUCCCAACUGACCCCAGCUCUUAAGAAUCAACCACAAAAUGCCAAUGCCGGACUACUACACCCACGCUCUCCCGGACGGAGUUAACACCUGCGUGCUCGAAGACAUCCAACUCCGCCGCAAGAUCGUCAGCCGCGCCGACAACAACAUGAUGAUGAACCCCGGCCUCACCACUACCACGACCACCACCACCACCACGACGGGGAAGAGGAACACCAGCAGCAGCCCCCUCCUGGACGACGACAAGAAGGAGCUCUCAGAAGCCCUCGAGCAAGAACAAGCCGCGCUGCGUCUCGCGCUCGACCUCUCCCGCAAACAGCAGCAGCAGAGGCAGGAAGAGACGGAGCGGCGGGCACUGCUCGAGCAGACGCGGCUCGAGGCUGCGUAUCGCGCGCAGCAGCAGCAGCAUCGGGAGCGGAGUAAAGAGGCAGAGAGGCGCGGGAAGGAAACUGGAAAGGAGCGGCGGUUGGAGGAAGAAGCAAUCCGUGCUGCCGCCGCCGCAUACCGGGUGCAGAAGAGGCAGGAGGAGCAAGAAAAGGAAGAAGAACAAGAAGAGCGGAAAAGGGAGCAUGAGCGCGUCGUCCGCGAGCAGCUCGCGCGGGAGCGGGAGUUGAAGCUCCAGGCGGAGAUGGAGAGGAUGCGGGUUAGGGCGGAGGAGAAGGAGAGGCUUCUUGCUCGGGAGGAGGCCGCUGCUGCUGCUGCUGCGGCGCUGAAGCUGAAGGUGAAGCGGGAGCAUAGAUGGCAGGAGGAGAUGCGAAAGGAGAUGAUGGCGGAAGAACUGAAGCAGACGCAGCAGCUGCUGGAGGAAGCGGCGGUCGCGAGGGCGAUCGAGGACUCGAUCGUCACCGAGACGACGCGGAAGUUGGUGGACGAAGAAGGAGAGAGGAGGCGAGCCGUCGAGGCUGUGAAGGAAAGGGCGCGGCGCGAGGCCGAGGCCAGGGAGCUUGAGGAGAGGCUGCGGAAGAGGGUCGGGGGUGCUGCUACAAAGAAGGGGCCUGGUGGACCGUUUGGCCUGGGGUUCUCGCCUCUUGGUGGAGCGAGGGUGGGCGAGGUUCGGGCGUUCGCUACUCACGGCGAUGGGGCCAAGCCUGCGGCAUACCAUCCGACCAGCGGGCCGUACACCGGUACCACUUACGGUGGAGAUAAUAUGGGCCUGCUGAAUCCCCUGCGCGAGGAGCCGACUUGGUAUGAUCACACGCCACGGCCGGCACCUGCUCCUCGGCACGAUAACCGCCUCGAAAACCACUUCAACGGGUUUGACCAUUGGGACCGUGAGCUUGGUCUUGGCCAUGACGGGCCCAGGGUCUGGCGCAAGACGACAACGGAGCGCUGGGAGACAGUCGUCGAACACGAAGGCCACGACCGUCACAAUGGUUGCCGGCGUUGCGAGGAGGGUUUCAAGCCCACCAGGGACUUUCUGUGA